AUGGCGGCCGCUGCGCCGGGCCCGCCGGUGAAGGUGCUGGCGGCGCAGCUGCGGCGGGCGGAGCGGGGCGCGGGCGGGACCUGGGAGCUGCGGCGGGCGGCGGCGGGUCGGGCGCCGCUGUCCCUGCGGGCCGUGUGGAUGCAGGGCACCGUGCUGGAGGUGCGGCGCGGCGCCGAAGGCGGCUGGGCCCGGCUGCAGGACGGCAGCGGCGCCUUCACCGUGCUGGGCGUGGAGCAGGUGCCGCAGGGCCGGCCGUGCCUCAGCGCAGGGAAGUAUGUAAUGGUGAUGGGUGUGGUGCGGUCCUGCAGUCCUGAGCCCGUUCUUCGAGCAAUAAAGAUGACAGAUCUCUCUGAAAACCCCGUCCAUAAGAAUAUGUGGAACCUUGAAGUGGAGGAUUUGCACAGAGUCAUCCCCUAAUACCUUUUACUUCUGUCUAAAUGAGUUGUAAAUUUGUUUUGUUUUGCAGAAUAUUGGACUAUUCUAUGUGACCACUCCUGGAGUAAACCAAAGUGAGGGGUUGGGCCCAGUUAAGUGCAGGGACCAGUGCUUAUCUGAUAAUAAUCACAGUGUUAAUGUCUUCCAGUCUCUCUUUAUACCAACAUAUUUGAGAAGUGCCUAUUUGAUGUUUUGAGUACGAUGUCCAUGCUAUUAAAAAGGCUGUAUGUUUGUUUGUGUGUGUUAGCUGCUGUUUGGGGGGAGCACGUGUUGAGGCAGUUGUUGUGCAGCAGGGGCUGCACUGGACUCUUGUUAACGGGGUGAACUCAGGACCUGGCACAAAGGCAAAAUGUGUUUCAAUCCGUUUAGGCUGUGGUUGGAAAUAAUGGUUUUCACCUGCAUUUCUAUUUCAGUAAUCACCACGUCUGUAAACUACUUGUAAGACAGGUGUCAUUUGGUAGCACUAUCUUGUACUUAAAAUACCUCUCUAGUUUCUGAAAUACCCUAAAGGGGUAAUGACCCCUCUGUUCCAGUGAAAUUAAUGAAAAGACGUGAUGCAGGAUUCCUUGGAACAGGUUCUCCAGGUGCAAGAUGUAAAUACCUUUUACCUCUGGAAACAAGCAUUCUGUUCCCAAGUGCAUUUUUCUUUUUGAAGUUUUUUUUCUUCCAGUGUAUGCUAUUUUUAACUGUUUAAAUAAUUCUAAAUUAUGUUCUAUUCUUAUCUUUCAUUCUCCUCUGAAAAAAACAAACUAUGAAAUCACAUCAAGAAACCUCUAAGAAGUA